AUGACCACUGUGGGGGGUACAUCAUUCUCGACGAGCCGGCGAAGUAGUCUCUUGCCGUGGUAUUGGCGUAUCGCGUACCACUUGAGCCUUCUACCUCAGGGCGGCGAGGCGGACAGCUACUCAAUCGGCCGUCCUGGCUUUCUUGUCUUCGUGGUCUGUGUGCAGAUCUGUGGGGUGGAUGAUGCCUGUAGUGCUCACUCUCUCUGGGCUCUCUGUCGCGUCGGCUUCGAGAUCCUGACCUUCUUGGUAAGCUUGGCGACGGUGAAUAAUGUCCUGGCAUACCUUGCUGACGACCUCGAUCUUCCUGGGGUGGAGGAUCCACAAUUGUCACGAGAGUUCGACGAAGGCGAAUAG